UACAAAAUAUCCUUUUAAGAGGAAAAAAAAGUCUGUUUGGCUAAUGGCGACUUCGAAAAGCCCUUAUUACUUGGUCUGACCUUGACGAGUGGCUUUAUUUACUGCAAACCUCCAUUUCCCUUGUUAUCAAAGAAAUGGACAAACCGAGAUAAAAAUACUGCGUUUUAAUUUUCUAAAAUAGAAAACGCUUAUUUUCUGUUUCAUUAUACACGUAACGCCACUCCAAUGUUUAGAAUUAUGCUUUGAAAAAUCAGAGUAAGACUUAAAAAAAGAACGAUUGCUGAAGUCAUGUUUCAUUACUCAAAUCUUGUCUUAUCUUUGCGCACAUUUUAACAUUUAGGUCUAAAAUAUUACGGUUAUUAGGUAAAUAAGUUGUUAGAUAAAUGUCUGCCAAUAUUUCACUUGGGCCCAUGGUGCAUUCGAAACAGACGGAGUGAAGAAACGGAAUGCCGAUGUGUUUCCUUUUUGUUUCCUUGCAAGAGCAAUGAGCCGUCAGUUUCGUCUUUCUCCUGGCGUUUUUCUCGUUUUUUCUUGCUCUUUCUAGUCACAGUUCUCGUUUGCUCGUGAUCUAUACUUAGUGCUUCUUGGUGCGUAUAGAGAUAGUAUGCUCUUAGUACAACCGAAAAACGGUUUGGCUUCAGGCCCAGUCUCGUCGCUAGCAAACAAGAGAUUCUUUGUAGCUAGCCACUCAACUCACGUCUCCAUCAUCACGUACACUCUAUUCCUUGAACAACAACAGCAAAAAAAAAAAAACAUUCUCUAAAUGUGCACAAAAGAAAACCUGACUUAAAAAACGGUCAGCAAUUGUGGUAUCAAUAGUAGAUUAAACACACAUAAGCUACAAAGACUGGUUUAUUGAAACAGUAGAAGAAACAUUCAUAAAUUUCUUUAUCUCAAACAUAUGGCGUUCCUUGCCCACGUCGUCUACAUGAGACAACACAUAACAACAUCUAAAAAUAAACUAACUGUCUUGUGCAUCUUCCUCUCAAAAGAAAAUGAAAAUAUAUAAUCUCGAAGACACGGACGAAGCCGACGGAAGCAUCCAAGCCGAGAGCAUGGAUUCGGGUGCGGCAAAAACACCGGUUUCCUUGCUUCAGGAGCUAUAUGUGAAGAAGGGAAUUAACCCCAAAUAUGAUUUAAUUCAAAUUGAGGGUGCCAUUCAUGAACCUACAUUCAAAUACCGUGUUUCCGUUGGGGAACUUGUUGCAAUGGGAUCUGGUCAAUCUAAAAAAAAGGCCAAGCAUGCUGCAGCUAAGGCAGUCUUAGACAAAAUCUGGGGUGGUCAUUGUUCUACAUUGCUGGAAAAUCUUGGUGUUGGCACAUUAAGGACAGUUACCUCACCAUAUGAUGAUGGUAUUCCAGGUAAUCCAGUAGGUAAUCUCCAAGAACUGUGCAUAUCACACAGAUGGGCCCCACCAAGCUACAUACUUGAAGGAGAAAAUGGCCUACCACAUGAAAGGGAAUUUGUUAUUACAUGUGUAGUUGAAAAACACCAAGAAAUUGGAGUGGGCAAGUCGAAAAAAUUGGCUAAAAGGCAAGCGGCUUAUCGUAUGCAGAUGAAACUUAAAGACACGCCUAUAGAGUUACCGAACCAUGGCGGGUUAGAGGACGAGGAUGAAAUUGCGCAAAGGGCUUCAUUGAGGUGUGGCGGCUUGAAGGAAAACCAAUCAACCAAAUCCUCCCACGGUCUCAAAAUAACGCAGUUCCAUCGAAGUCUAAGAAAACUCAUGGGCGAAAAAAUUACAGCUUUACAAGAAAUUGUCUUGAAAGAUCCUAAUCCAGAUUACUUCAAAUUGUUGCAAGAGAUAUCUGUAGAACAGAAAUUUGACGCCACCUACGUAGACAUCGAAGAAAAGACGCAUUCAGGUCGAUAUCAGUGUCUUUUAACAAUGUCACUGACUCCCAUCGCUGUCGUUUGCGGCAGCGGUGAGUCGUAUGAAGAAGCGCAGAAGCAAGCUACGUUUAAUGCGCUUCAGUAUCUCAAAUUGAUGACCAAGAAGUCGGCACAACCCGGUGUCAGCGACGGUGGCCAUCAGCAGGCCAUUGCAAACAACUUAGCCAACGAGGAGAAUCGGUAGUAGUAGUUAGUUGUCCAUUGACCAUUGACUUUAAAAUUUACUUCAACAGAUUAUUUAUUAGUAUAAAGUUGACAAUCUCAAACAUCUUGGCAUUCUUCAAUCACCAAUGUGUGCGUGCUGUGCGUGUUAUAAAGUGACCCCCCCUAAAAAUUGAUGUGAUGCCGAAAUUUGACGAGAGAAAAUACAUUAUGAUUGAUUUGGA